AUGGGUUCUUGCACUGCCAGCCCGACUCUGCUGAAGACGUGGUUUUCCUGGGUGCGCGGCGUGUUGCGUCUAACGAGCGUGUCAGUCGCCAUCCUCGCACUGUAUCUGGAGAUCAGCCAUCCCGCCACCUCUUCGCUUGUUCUGCUCCGCCUGUCCCGACGUCUGCCGCUUUCCUCGCUCGUCCGCCUGCUCAAGAGGGAGCCUGACCACAUCAAACCGAGUUCCAGCACGCCGGGCGCAAAGACCGGGGACCGCCCAGACUCACCGCUUGGGCCGCCCACGGCGCGGAAACGGUCAAUGACCCUGCAAGAAAACCAAGCCACGCCAUCAGGGGCCAUCCGCCGCCUCCACCGCCUUUCUCGACAAGACUCGGGCGCCUCUGCCAUCUCUCCCUCCUCGACCACCCUCUCCCAUCCUGCACCCCCACCUGCACCCCCACUCCCGCCAUCGAUGCCUUCUCACGCUCGCUCCAAGACGACGUCGCACGCCGACAUCGUCAGACAAGGCAAGCGCCUGUCGCUGCAAUUUCCCAUUCAACCUGCUGCCGGCAGCACUUCACCACUCUUCUCGCCGCGCUCGCGCUCGCGCCCUCAGUCCUGGGUCGCUGCCCCGUCUCCACUCCCCUCGCCCGAGGCCCAACCCUCGUCGCCCGAGACCAACCUCCUCGCCGUCCUUGCCGCGCAGGAACGAUUUGUGCUGGAGCUCAAGGAAGAGCUCGGCAAAGCCGAAGAAGACCUCAAGACGUUGAAGAAGCACUAUGCACUCCACGAGGCCAGCAAACGACGCAACGACGUCCGCAAGCUCGCCCAGCUGCAGCCGCUGAAUACGUCGCUCGCCAACAUCGACGCUGUCCACGACGACGAGGAUGGGAGCAAUCUGUGGAUGCUGCGGGAGAGGGAGCGCAGGAAAGCGCUGCUGAGCAGCACCAAGUCGUCCCAACGCAAGGUCUUCAGCGGAUCACGCCACCUGCGCACCCUCUCGCUCUUGUCGCCGGACAGAGCCUAUGCGCCCUCCUUUCCUCAUCCAGCCGAGGUCUACAGCGAAGACUCGACCAUGAAGCGCCCAACCCCUCCCAUUCGAUCCUCCACAUCCUCUGAUCUAUCAAGGCAACUCAUCGACGUUACAAGCAACGACCGCAGUGACCUCGGCGGCCUGCCCAACAUGCAGCGCGACAACAUCCUGCGCACCGGCAAGCAGCUGGCCAGCGACUUCAGCAACGGCUUGUUUACCUUUAUCGAGGAUAUAAGACAGGCCACCGUGGGCGAUGAAGCUGUCAACGGCGCGGUAGAGCCUUCUGCACCCUUGCAGGGCAGGGAUCCGUCCGCCAACGUGAUCCGAAACACAUCCGCCAGCAGGCCAUCCCUGAACCGGUCGGCAAGCUCCAGGAAGUCUUUGCAAAAGAAACAGUCGAUUGGCGAAGACUUCUGGUCAGAACAUGGUUUGAGUGAACCCAAGACCACCUCCGUGAACAAGAAGACUCACACGCCCAAGUCCACCCGCACCCCCGAAAGGCAAACGGCCAGGAACAGCGACAGCUUCGAAGAAGAGUGGGCUAACUGGGACAGCCCCAGUGCAACUUUCGUUGCCAAGACAACAGAUACCCACCAUGACUCGGACGAGUCAGACACAGCCUCGUCUGCCCUCGGUAGCUCCCAAGCCAGCAGCAAGCACUACGCCAGGCGCCAUGACUCCAAGAACUCGUCGCUCGCUACCAUUAGCUCCGCGAGCAUGCCCGACGACAGUGCAUCACGCGAUCCCAAGCGUAACUCGAUCCCUUGGCCCGACCUGGUCAACCUCUCGCCGUCCAGCCUCAAGCGCACGGCCUCACACCUGAUGAAGGAGUGGGAGAAGCAGCUCACCCCGCCGCCCGAGUCGAGGCUCACGAGCCACUCCCAAGGCGACUACAUUGGUCGCUCGGGAUCGCCCGGCAAUCUUAUUUAA